UCGUUCUUUACUGCGUUGUUUCAGACUAUCCUUGCCAUGAUUGGCUAAUAUGAACUGAUGACGUCACCAAAACAUGUUCCGGGCUUAGUGGAUGAUGGCGGAGGGUGAGGAAUGCAGGGCAAUGCUGCGGGAGGGGAAGGUGCAAGGUGGGAGCGAGGAAGGAUCCUUAGAAGGUGCUGCUGCCACCGAACCGAACGCCACAAUGAGUGCGGCACAAUAUACGCGACAGCUGCAGGAAUGGCUCUGGCAGUGUUACUGUGGCUCUUUAUGCUGGCAGAGCAGCUGCGCCACUACCACGGCUUUUCUAAUGAUGAACGCGGCCUCCAGCAGCACCGGGGAGUCUGGGAGAUCGGCCAGUAGCAGCAGCGACACGGGGAGAGCGACAAGCGCAGCAACUACAAGUGGCACCACCGCAGCUGCAGGUCGAGAAUAUGUUAUUCCUACCUUGGCACAGCGGUUCAGAGCUGAAAUGGUGGAUUUCUUUAUCCUGUUUUUCAUAAAAGCAGCUUUUAUCUUAAGUAUAAUGCAUGUUAGUGGAAUCAAAGACAUUUCCAAGUUUACUAUGCAUUACAUCAUUGAAGAAGUAGACGAGGACACCUCAAUGGAAGAUUUGCAGAAGAUGAUGGUGGUAGCACUUAUCUACAGAAUAGUCGUGUGCUUCUAUGAGAUAAUUUGCAUUUGGGGGGCUGGAGGAGCCACCCCAGGAAAAUUCCUUCUUGGCCUGAGAGUCGUGACAUGUGACAGUUCAGUGCUUAUUGGGCCAAACAGAGUUUUAGUUGUUCCUUCAACCAAUGUAAACCUGACUUCAUCAACGAUACGAGCUGUGAUCAAGAACUUUUCCAUUGCGUUUUUCUUCCCUGCAUUUAUCACUUUACUAUUCUUCCAACAUAACAGAACGGCCUAUGACAUUGUGGCUGGUACCAUAGUUGUAAGAAGGAAUGGGAGAUGAUCCAAGCAGUAUAGCAGCUUGUGUUUGUUUACAUCUAGAUUGUAUUUGGGAGAGAGUUCAUUCCAAGGGCUUAAACAAUCAGUACUACAAGAGAGGAGUAUUAUUUAGCAGCAUUACAGAAGGUAAUAUGGGAGCUUUGCUGUGUAACCGCUAUAUCAAAAUGGCAAAUUUAUGACUAUUGUGGUUUCAGCUCCAUGUGAACUAUAUAUAUAUUUUUUAUUGUCAGACAUAAGAUUGUGUGAGUCAAGGAUUUGGUAAUCAGAUGUCUUCUUGCGCCCCACUCCUGUAUAAGUGACCGCUAUAUCCCCUGAAAUGGAAUGAUAGUUGAAUAAGUGUAAGUACAAACGUGAUUCAUUCAAAGAAUUUACAAGGACGACUUAUCAUACUUGUGCUUGUCUUGCUGGCAAGAAGUCUCUUUUUGUGGGAAUAUACAAAUUUGGUGCAUUUCUCCUGUAAAUGUUACUAUUGAUGAUUGCGAUACAGUAAUAAUUGAUCUUUUGGUCUAUAACAAAACCAAAAAAACGCAGCAUUUCCUGUUUCUUCUGUCUGGUUAGAAAGUUCCAUGAAGCCUGUUUUUACAUAAGCAACUUAAAUGCCAAAACAAUACAGACCAAACUGGUUUUCACUAAAAUGCACAUUAUUAUGUACUGCUAAUUGGGUCACCACAUAGGGCAGAAUACUUAAAGGGGACUCGUCACCCCCAAAAAAUAUUCCAAAUCCUAUUUUAACAUGUUAGUCAAGCAAAAUGAACUUUAAUUACACUUUAUGAAUUAUAUUAUAUGAAUCUUGUUUCCUUUAGUCUGUGAAUUCAUAAUUAAAGCAAGCAGGCAGGAGCCAUUUUGUGGACACUGUUAUUAAGACAAGCCUUGCAUCAUCUCAGAAUCAUGUUUGUGCACCAGAAUAGGGGACCCAAUGUUAGCCCUUUGGAAGAAACAUUUUUGUAGCCUUUAUCAGAAGUGUAGAACACCCCCCCCCCCGAAGAUAUCUCUAAUCAAAGUACACCUGUAUAGGCUCACUCACCUCUACACCAACAGCAACUUCUGCAGCCUUUGUUCCAGCUCAUGUUCUGCACUCUAUGCUUUUCCUCUGCUUCCCUGGCAGCUUUUCAGAACCAAGAUGGAAAUCUAUUACACUUUGCUGAUAGUUUUGCUUUUAAGAGGCAGACUGACCUGUAGAGUGGAGGAAAAACAUAGAAUGCAGAGUAUAGGUAAUGACACAUUAAUGUAGGCAGGAGAAGCUUUUGUAAGUAAUUGUGGUUCGGCAAAAAUUCGCGUACAGCAAAAUAUUCUGCAAAUACAUUGAAGUCUAUAGCAGCUUCUUUUUUGAUGCGUGACCGUUUUCCCCAUUGGAGUCUAUGGCCAUCUUUUGAAACAUUGCAGGUGUGUGGCAUUUUACAGUUGUCCCCUGGCAUUUGUCCGAAUAUGCCAAUUGCCAGUCCAGGCAAAUUCAAGCUCUUGUGCAGCCUCUCUCUGCCCCUUCCUUCUUUAUUUUCAUAGUAUUGUUGAACAUUGUGUUGC